GGGAGGACGCUCGCAGGCCCCCAGACUAACCCCCGCUGUAACCUUAAAUCUCCUACCAUGGGGGAAGAAGGCGGCGGCAGCGGCUGUGGGACCACUAAGGAGCUGCAGAAGCUGAAGCAGCAGGCUCUGGAGUACUACCGGGAGAACGACGUUCCGCGCAGGCUGGAAGAGCUGCUCAACUCCACCUUCUACCUCCAGCCUGCCGACGUCUACGGGCACCUGGCAAACUGCUUUUCUAAACUUGCAAAGCCUCCCACCAUAUGCAAAGUGGUGGGGAAGAAUGUGCUAGAUGGACUGGGGCUUCCCACCCUACAAGUGGAAAUAUUCUGCACCAUUCAAAAUUUUCCCAAGAACAUAUGUUCUGUGGUGAUCGCAACUCACUUCGAAGUCCGUGAGAAUGCUGUACCUGAGUUAGCUGAAGCAGAAGAAGUAGAAAGGUCCGAUGCUGUCAGCACUGCUGUGCAGUGGGUCAAUGAAACCAUCACCCAGGAGCUUCAGGGCAUAGCGCCCUCCAACCAGGCUAAGGUGGAUCAGGUGCUCAGGACAUUCUUUGAAAAUAAAGUACAAGAAGAUAAGGAGAGAAAAGAAUUGGAAAAGAGCCUGCAAGACUCAGUAGUGCCUGCACCUUCACUCCUAACACCACCACCACCUCCACCUCCUCCUCCUCCACCUCCAGCCAAAAAAAAAGGACAAAAGCAAGGCAUGAAGGAUGCUCUUACAGAGAAACCUAUUAUACCUCCAGAACCAGCGGAACCUGUACUCUGUGGCAGCAUGGCCAUAGGGGCUGUGUCACUAGCUGUUGCCAAAACCAAUGCCAUGCUGGACAAUAAUCCUCUGUAUUUCAACAUUGCAUUACUGAAGCACCAGCAGGAACAGCCAAUGAAGCUAACUAUCCCUUUGCUGAUGGUGUCUCUGGUCAGCUGUGGGAAGUCAUCGCCUGGGAAGCUGAAUUUAAUGAAAGAAGUGAUUUGUAUACCCCAUCCUGGAUUAACAGCUAAACAAGGUGUGGAGAUGCUUAUGGAAAUUCAGAAACAAAUUAACAAAACAAUUGAACUGCCCCCUCCUCCAAAAGCAGAACCCAAGAAAGGGCAUAAUGGAAGCAAAAGAGGUCAACAGCUGAUCACUGGCAAGAUGACCCAUCUCGGCUGUUUAACCAUUACUUAUGACACCAUAGAGCAGCCACUGCUCCUAAUACAAGGCAUCUGUGCAAACCUGGGGCUAGAGUUGGGAACAAAUCUGCAUUUAGCUAUCAACUGUGCUGCACAUGAGCUGAUGGACUAUACUAAAGGAAAGUAUGAGGUGACGAUGGGAACAUACAAAACUGCAGCUGACAUGGUUGACCUGUAUGUGGAUCUGAUCAACAAGUUCCCCUCGAUUAUUGCCUUAAUCGAUCCUUUCAGGAAAGAGGACUCUGAACAGUGGGACAGCAUCUAUAAUGCUCUUGGUUCCAGGUGUUACAUAAUUGCAGGAAGUGCAUCCAAAAGCAUCUCUAAACUUAUAGAAAAUGGAAACAUCGGCAUCCCCAAAUCCAGUGGGCUCAUCAUAAAACAUACAAAUCAAACUAUGAUGUCUGACUUGGUGGAAGUAACCAAUCUCAUCGACAGUAGGAAGCACGUGGCCAUCUUUGGAAGCACCGAAGGAGAGUCCUCUGAUGACAGCCUUGUUGACUUGGCCGUUGGACUCGGCGUCCGGUUUAUCAAGUUGGGAGGUCUUUCUCGAGGCGAAAGGGUGACUAAGUACAACCGCCUUCUCACUAUAGAGGAAGAACUUGUCCAGAAGGGAACACUGGGUUUCAACGAAGAACACACAUUCUGUAACUUGAAUGAGGAGGACGAAGAGGCAGAGGUGCCUGCGGCCACGGAGCACCCAGAGCCCAUCUUCCCCACAGAAGUCAUGGAGGAGGAAUCGGCGGGAACGUGAGCACCUUUGGACAGGGCUGGCACACCGCCGCUGACAGCCACACGUCGGCGGUAUAGGACCCGUAGAUCUGAAAUAUGUCUUCAUGUUCAUUUUGCUCUAAGACUUCACUAACUCCCGUGCUCUUUUGCUUCAUUUAAUUUCACUAUUUGGUGAAAUGCAUAUACAAUAUUUCUGCCUGAAGUGAUGCCUGUGAACUCUGUCUUAAGCCUUCACACUUCCAUGGAGAUUUUGCUUGCAUACCAGCUCUCCUGUCCGAUUUUUUCAGGUGGGGAGGGGAUCACGACCUAGCGAAAGAGCCCAGUAUUUCUGUUGCCAACUCCACAAACUUCACAACUCAGAACAUCUCUGAAAACAAAAAUCUUUUAGACUAAACGCGCGCUGUGCCAGCAAUAGGUGUACAUCUUCCAAACUGAUAUUACACACCUGUGCUAGAAAGCACUUUUUUUUUUUUUUUUUUUUUUAGCCAACUUCACACACAAGUAUGAGAGCUUUCCUGUUUUCUGUAAUGGCCAAACAGCCUCCUCUUACUUUCCUACCCUUAAUCCCCUCUUCCCCGAGUUCCUCCUCUUUCUAAAUUUAAGUUUUUCUUAUAUUAAUUAUAUCCUCGUGGGUCUCCUUUGAUCCUUUUUAGAACAAAAAUGAUUAUAAAUUAAUAAACCAUCAAUGAAUGGUCUUAA